AUGACGACAUCCCCAGCACCUCAUCCCUCAGCAAUCCCCAACAUCCCCAAGCAGGCACCGCAGACCCCGAGCAAAGAAGAAAAGCAAACAACCAUAGAAUCCGAUCUCACCUCCCAAAUCCCCCAACCCAAGCUCCGCCUACACGUACAAGAACUACGCCAUCCAGCCUCAACCGCCUUCCUCACCCUCAUCCCAGACGUCGCAUCAACCCUCGACAAAGCCCUAGCAAACAUCAUCAAAUACCUAUACACUUCAUCCCCAAAGUCCGAGAACCCCCAGCGGCCCACCUUCACACCUAGCAUCCCACCAACAAGAUCUGUAACCGUCUUCCUCCGCGAUUACAGCGGCGUAGCCUACACAACAGGCACCGAGCUCGACGAUGCACACAAGGAAAUCCAUGUCUCCCUCCCGUACAUCCAGCACUGUACAUCCGGGCCCUCAGCGAAAGCCGAUCCGCUCCAUGAGCUAGUCGGGGUUCUGACGCACGAGCUCGUGCAUUGUUAUCAGCACACCGCGCCGCCGGGCCUCGAAAACAGUGAUGAGGAUAUACCGGGUCCGCCAGGCGGACUAAUCGAGGGAAUAGCGGACUUUGUGAGACUCAAGGCUGGGCUAGAGCCGCCGCAUUGGAAACGGCCUGUGUCUGCUGCGGAACGGCCGCCGAAGUGGGAUGAGGGGUAUCAGCAUACGGCGUAUUUUUUGGCGUGGAUUGAGGAUGUUAGGGUUGGGAGGGGUGCUGUGGGGAUGUUGAAUGAUCGGCUUUUGAGAGUUGGGUAUGUUGGUGAAGAGGGUAUCGGGUUCUGGAAGGGUCUUUUCGGGGUUGGGGUUGGGGACUUGUGGGAAGAAUACGGACAGUAUCUGGAUAAUCCUACGGUGGGUGUUGGGAGAAGUAGUGGGAAAUGGGAGGAUGAGAUUCUUAACCGGGAAUAA